UCCCUUCCCCCCACACCAGACCUUCUCUGGCUUGCUGAGCUCACUGAGAUUGCUGCGGGUCUGGGUACCUGGGGGAGAAAUGGAGAAAGAGACGGGGGAUUCCCUGGCCGGAGCUGACCAACAGAGUAGGCAGUCAUGGCUGGAGAACGGGAUAUCUGAGUAAUGUUUGACCUCUGGAAACAUCUCUUACAGGACAGCCAGUCAAAAUUCACUAGGUAGGACAGCCAUCAGCUGGAAAGAACUGGAGCCUGGGGGCACCUGGCUGGAUAAGGCAUGGGGGAUCCAAGCCAGUCUCCUACUCCCUGGUUCCCCCAUAGCAGUCCCCCAACUCUGAGCACUCUCACUCUUCUGCUGCUCCUCUGUGGAUAUGCUCAUUCUCAGUGCAAGAUCCUACGCUGCAAUGCUGAGUAUGUAUCAUCCACCUUAAGCCUUAAAAGUGGGGGUUCACCAGGAGUACUCCGAGGAGACCGAGAUGGAGGGGUGGACUCCAGAGGUCUCUGUCGAGCCCUCCGCUCUUAUGCACUAUGCACUCGGCGCACAGCUCGCACCUGCCGCGGGGAUCUCGCCUUCCAUUCUGCAGUGCAUGGUAUAGAGGACCUGAUGAUUCAACACAACUGUUCCCGCCAGGGCCCCAUGGCCUCUCGCCCACCCCGGGGCCCAGCCCUUUCCAGUGGGGGGCCCGUCCACUCCUCCAGUCCUGCAGCCCCGGACCCCUGUGACUAUGAAGAUCGGUUUUCCCGGCUGCACGGUCAUCCCCCGGGCUUCUUACACUGCGCCUCCUUCGGGGACCCACAUGUGCGCAGCUUCCACCACCACUUUCACACGUGCCGUGUCCAAGGAGCUUGGCCCCUGCUGGAUAAUGACUUCCUUUUUGUCCAGGCCACCAGCUCCCCCGUGGCUUCGGGUGCCAACGCCACCACCACCCGGAAGCUCACCAUUAUAUUUAAAAAUAUGCAGGAAUGCAUUGAUCAGAAGGUCUACCAGGCUGAGGUGGACAAUCUUCCUGCAGCCUUUGAAGAUGGUUCUAUCAAUGGAGGUACCCGACCUGGGGGCUCAAGUUUGUCCAUUGGAACUGCUGAACCUGGGAGCCAUGUGGAGAUACAAGCUGCCUAUAUUGGUACAACAAUAAUUAUUCGGCAGACAGCUGGGCAGCUCUCCUUCUCCAUCAAGGUAGCAGAGGAUGUGGCCAGAGCCUUCUCAGCUGAGCAGGACUUACAGCUCUGUGUUGGAGGGUGCCCCCCAAGUCAGCGACUCUCUCACUCAGAGUGCAAUCAUCGGGGAGCUAUAACCAUUGACACUGCCAGACAGCUGUGCAAGGAAGGGCUGCCAGUUGAAGAUGCUUAUUUUCAUUCCUGUGUCUUUGAUGUUUUAAUCUCUGGUGACCCCAACUUUACUGUGGCAGCUCACGCUGCUCUGGAGGAUGCUCGAGCCUUCUUGCCAGACUUAGAAAAGCUGCAUCUCUUCCCUUCAGAUGCUGGGGUUCCACUUUCCUCAGCAACCCUUCCAGCUCCACUCCUCUCUGGGCUUUUUUUUCUGUGGCUUUGCAUUCAAUAACUAGAGCAGCAAGCCCUUGAUUGUUUUGAAAAUGAUUUGGGCAUAUAGAUUGGCAGGGAAGAACAUGAAGAGCUGCUGAAGGAAGCAGUGGGGACUGGGAGACACAUGAAACAAUGGCAUUUAUCCAGAAUCAGACACAGCUGCAGUUCAAAGGUGAAGUGAUUAUAGAAUAAGGAUUAUGGACUAGGUUUCUGCAUUUGAGACCUCUUUAAGGACUCCUCACCAGUUUCCUCAAUCCCAUUUAUAAUAAGUGAGUUGUUUCAGUCCAUCUACUCCUGAGAUCACCCCUACAAGCUUAGAGGUUAUAGUAGUCCUGAUGAUCAAUAGAAAACUGAAGGAUUGGAACUUUUAAGAGGACAGAACUGAAAGAGAAAGACACGAUCAUUACCCAUAUACUCAAUGAUUUUCCAAUCAUUUUCACUUAGAAGGUGGAAAGGAAAAAAUGAUUAGGGAAAAGAGUCUAUUGGAUGAAUAUAUAUGUGAGUAAGGUGUGUACUGCUUUUUUUUUUUGGUUCAGAAAUGAAGUAGAAGUUGUCUAGAUCUUAGGUGAAAUGAAUCUCUGCCUUUAGAGAAUGGCAUAGAUAGUAAAGAAACUCUCAUCCUUACCCCUAACUAAACUGCUAUUAAAGCUAUGAAUUAAUCA